AUGGCGAAAAUCCUCUUGGCAAACUGCUUACUGUUAGCAAAUACACUGGCUGCGGUGGCCAGUGGUUCUCCUACAACCCCUGAACCACCGGCUCCUUCUCCAUCAUCAACAAGUACGGAUUGCUCCACAAUCAUUUAUAACAUGGCAAACUGUGUUCCAUUUUUGAGUAAAGGCGGCGAAGAUGCAAAGCCAGACCCUUCUUGCUGCACUGCAUUUAAAUCGGUGCUGAGAGUAAAUGCUGGUUGCAUUUGUGAAGCAUUGAAGAGCAGUGCUUCUUUGGGCAUUGAUUUGAACAUGACUAAGGCUGCAACCCUAUCUUGGGCCUGUGGGGUUUCUGCUUCCCCCAUUAGCAAAUGCAGCAUUGCUUCCCCUCCGGGUGGAGCUCCCGUUAACCCGCCGUCACCACCGGAGAAGACUCCAACGCCACCACCUUCGGAGCCCUCCGGCCAAGCUCCAGCACGGGAACCGUCAGCACAUGGUGGAACAUACAGCACUUGUGCUUCCUUGGAAGUUAUUAUUAUGAGUGUGGUUGUUGCUUUGUUGUUUAGGAUGUGA